GUUUCCAUCAUGGCAGGCUGUAAGUUGGUGCUGGAAGGCAGAGUGAGUAUAAAGAGCUUCGUUCUGGGGCUCAGCGUGCUGCUCAUCCCGCUGGUCCGGACCUGUUAUGGACGCGCGGACUGGGUCUUUGAUUAUCUGACGGAGACUCCGGGGAAAAUCGCCAUUUGCGUCCACAUAGCACUUAUCAACGGCCUCCUGCUAAUCCUCUACAGAGGACCCGUGUACAAGGUCGCCGUGCGAGCCUGCUUCCUGGGAGUCACAUUCGGCUGUGGCCUGAUGAUCAGCUUCUCUGAGACCAACUGGACCCACUUCGGCUGGUACAUGUGCUCGCUGUCGUUCUUCCACUACUCGGAGUACCUGGUGACGGCCAUCAUCAACCCUCGCACCCUGUCGCUGGACUCCUUCCUGCUCAACCACAGCGUGGAGUACACCCUGGCCGCCGUGUCGUCGUGGCUGGAGUUCACCCUGGAGAAGCUGGCGUUUCCAGAGCUGAAGCAGCUGACCUGGCUCAGCGUGGUGGGCCUGCUCAUGGUGCUGUGUGGCGAGGGCCUGCGGAAGGCCGCCAUGCUGACCGCCGGCUCCAACUUCAACCACAUCGUGCAGAACGAGAAGGCCCAGAGCCACGUGUUGGUCACCAGCGGCGUCUACUCCUACUUCAGACACCCGUCCUACGUGGGCUGGUUCUACUGGAGCAUAGGAACGCAGGUCAUGCUGUGUAACCCGGUGUGUAUCCUGGGCUACACGAUAGCCAGCUGGCGGUUCUUCAGGGAGCGCAUCGAGGAGGAGGAGCUGUCGCUCAUCCAUUUCUUCGCCGAGGACUACGUGGAGUACAAAAAGAAGGUUCCCACCGGGCUGCCCUUCAUCUCAGGCAUCCGCGUCAACUAGCCGGCCGGCCGGACGGACUCGUGGCGGGGCGGCCCGGUGGGCGGGGCCGAGCGGGCGCCGGGGGCUCGCGGGCCGACCUCCAGCAGCUGGUCUGCUGUGUUUCUGGCGCCGUCCUGGGAGCGGGUGCAGACUGGCCCGCCUCCGCGGCUCCUCGGACCAAUCCACUUGUUUCUGUCUGCAUGUUUGUCCAAAUGUCGCUGUGGACCGGCGGCGGGGGGAGAGGGAGGGGGGUUUGAUCCAGUCUCUCUCCUGCAGACCUGACGUCCACCCCGUGCACCACUUCUUCCAGCUGAGGAUCGGAUGGAGCUGAGCUGAACGGCCGGUGAGGUCAGGGUCUCCUGGACAGGUGAGCAGUCCAGAGACUGACCGUCCCUCAGCUCAGCGCCUCCAGUCCUCCACCGCUCUGGUCUCGUUCCCCACAGAAGGCUCUAUAUGUAGCUGCCAGUUCGAUCCACAGUGUAAAUAUCAGUCGUUAUCCGUAGUUUGGCCGUAUGCAGACUUGCAGGUCGAUGCGUUCAUGAUAAUAAAGCAGGCUGGGAGCACCCAGAUGUCUUUACUGCUGUAACCUGACUGAAGACGGGUGGCGUUCCUCCACGUCGCCCCGCAGUCACUCAGCAGCAGUGUCUGGCUGACCUUUGACCCCUCUGCGGACGUUUCUCCACGUUGUCGCAUCCUCUGGCCGUCACCUGAUGGUGAAAACACGCAAGGCGAUGGCCUGAUCAGCUGACUGCAGCCAGUCGGUGUGUGUUUACCGUCUGAAGACGACCUCGCUCCGUUUUGCUUUGUUUCUUGAAACCUUUGUCUGUCCCCGAGAUGUCCUGCUCUGAUCCUCUGUCCUCCUCAUCCUCCUGGUCUGAUGGCAGAACUACCGGUACGGCUCAAAACAUCACAGUCAGUAUGUUUUCACUCGGUUCAGAAAGUAGAACCCAAACUGGAAUGAAGAGCAGAUCCAGACCCUAGACCGGGACAAGGACAGGACUGGACUGCUGCUCAGUGCUCCAAAGUCUUUGUUUCAGAUGAAAGUACAUUGAGGAUCUAAUUUUUAAAUCCAGGUCCCAGAGCCUGGAGGAAGAUGGAGUGGCUCAGAAUCCAGGCUGAGGGUGAAACAUCCUUUCCUUUAUGGAUCUCAUGUCAUGAUCAGGGUUUGUGAGGUGGUGAAUUGUGCAUUUUGAGCCGCAAUCAUCCAGAGUGAAGAACUGAACUGCUGAAGCAUCCGUUCUGUGUGAUGAGUCUGUAUCAUAUUUGGGUUCCUCUUUCUGACGUGACGACACGCUGAACUGUUGACAUUCUGAUGUUCGUCUACACCUGUCGGAGAAAUGGGACCAUGCUACAGAUCAGAGCAGACCUGGGGAACCGCUCUCCAGCUGCUGGCGGGACGUCGGGUCGUCCUGCUGCUGGUGUCUGGACUCAUCCCAGGGUUUCCCCACUAUACCGGGAAGGAAACGUCCCCUCUGCUUUCACAGUUUGCAGAUUUCUCAGUUAAAGUCUGAACGUGUGUUUCCACACAUCCUGCAGAGCCGGGUGUGGCCGUGUUGGAUGUUCUUGUCCUGGGCAUGCAGAGACAGCUGUUGGGCAUCGUGGUUUUCUACCUCCUGCUGGGUGGCUGCAGGCUGCAGGCGGAGCCGUCUAACUUCCAGCAGUAGCUUUCACAUCUCUUCACCUCCUCUCCACUGCAGCGUUAUUCUGGGAACGUCGCCAGUUGAGAGACUCACACCUGUGAUUUGAGAGGGUUCACAUGACAAAACGAAGCCAGGUCAGAGGGCACGUUGAGAAUUCAGUGUCUCUGGACGUAUUGCUGCCGAGCCUGUAUGUUGGGCAGGUCUUCACUUUAGCUUCCUCAGCAGUUUAUGACAGAAUGUCUCAUGAACCUAUACAGCAAAUGUUACGAUUAGACAUCAGAAUUUCGUUUUGGAGCUCUUCAAAAGUGUUCCACUUCUCCGUUCCACCCUCCUGGAUGUCAGGACUUCACCACUUCCCACUUGAUCCAGAAUGAAUGAAUGAAAGUCACUAAUUGCUGUGAAACACUCAGGACUGCUGUCGCCAUUUCCCCGGACCGACAGCACAAUCUGUCCACUGACGGGCAGAGGGAGAUCGUGGUGUUUAAUACACAUGUAGCAUAUCUACGACGUACACUGGUUGAUCAAACAGAGCGGAAGCCAGCCUGACACACCCGCUGAGCUGAGUUGGAAAUAUUUGGCACUUUUCUGUACAGACAGUGUGUUGCAUUUAUUCACAACGCAGAUUUUCUCAACACUUGUAUGAAA